AUGUCAGUGCGGCGACGGUCGGAGAGCACGGAGGGUCUGUUCUUAUUCGAUGAGCGAAAAGACCGGAGGUCAGACGUGGAGAACUCAGAGGAUGAGAGGAGAAGGCUGUCCAUUGGCGGGUCACUUAAGAAGAAAGCGCUGAAUGCAUCAAGCAAGCUCACACAUUCGCUCAAGAAGCGGGGGAAGAGGAAGGUGGAGCAUCGGGCUUCUUCCUUCACCAUUGAAGACGUCAGAGAUGAGGAGGAGGAGCGUGCCGUGUUUACAUUUCAGCAAGAGCUUUUGAGCAGGAACUUGCUAUGUGACAAGCAAAAUGACUAUCACAUGUUGCUGAGGUUUUUGAAGGCAAGGAAAUUUGACACUGAGAAAGCCAUUCUUAUGUGGGCUGAGAUGCUCCAAUGGAGAAAAGAAUUCGGUGCGGAUACAAUACUCGAGGACUUCGAUUUUGAAGAGCUAGACGAGGUGCUUUCCUAUUAUCCUCAGGGUUACCAUGGAGUUGACAGGCAAGGAAGGCCAGUAUACAUCGAGAGAUUAGGGAAAGUUGACCCAAAUAAACUGAUGAACAUCACCACAGUUGACCGCUACAUCAAGUAUCAUGUGCAAGAGUUUGAGAGAGCCUUCUUGGACAAGUUUCCAGCAUGCUCUAUCGCAGCGAAAAGGCAUAUUGAUUCUACAACCACUAUACUAGAUGUUGAAGGCGUGGGUUUCAAGAACUUCAGCAAGACAGCAAGGGAAAUGCUAACUAGAAUGCAAAAAAUAGACAGUGAUUAUUAUCCUGAGACACUGCAUCAGAUGUUUGUUGUAAAUGCUGGCGGUGGUUUCAAGCUACUAUGGAAUUCAGUGAAAGGUUUUCUUGACCCUAAAACGGUCUCAAAGAUACAUGUUUUGGGAACAAAAUUCCAAAGCAAGCUUCUUGAAGUAAUAGAUGGAAGCCAACUUCCUGAAUUUUUGGGUGGAACAUGCACAUGUGCUGGUGAGGGAGGAUGCCUCAAGUCUAACAAAGGUCCAUGGAAUGAUCCUAACAUUAUGAAGGUUGCACAUAACAAAGAAGCAAAGUUUGGUAGAAACAGUGACACGUCAACAGCUGAGUCAGGAUCAGAUGUUGAUGAUCUAGGUUCUCCUAUGAUGAGAAGCACAUUGGGGUGCAGUCGACUCGCUCCAGUUCGUGAAGAAAUGCAGAUGAGAGCACGAGAGUCUGCGGCUUACUACAGUUGCGAUGAUCACUUUGUGGUGGUGGACAAAACAGUCGAUUAUGGCAGAGGAGGAUCAAUGCCAGAUAAAAGCAGUGCCCCACAAGUGAGAGUACAAGCCCAGCCUUUAGAAACACAAAACACUCCAGGUUCUUCAAGAAACAGUCGUGGUAUACUAGCACCCAAAGAGAUUCCGGAGGAAGGGAAAUUCUAUCGUUUUCUCAGAUUACUGCUGGUUCUGGUUGUUAGAAUUUUUACCUUCUUACGCACAGUAUGCAGUCAGCCAGAGACAACGAUGGUCAACAACCCACUACCUCCAGCUCCUGAGUUUGAACCCAUCUCUGGUGAUCAUCCAGCAGUUGAAGCGUUCAGUGUGGACCUUGUCAGUCCUGUCAUUGAGCGCCUUCAGAAGCUCGAGGGUCGGGUUGAUGAGCUCGGCAGCAAGCCCCCGGAGAUUCCCCUGGAGAAAGAACGCUCCCUCCUGGAUUCAUGGGAUAGGAUCAAAUGUAUCGAAUCUGACCUCGAAAGGACAAAGAAAGUUCUGCAGGCUACUGUGAUGAAGCAACUAGAAAUUGCAGACUCAGUAGAGGAAGUUAUCUUGUCAAAGCUGCACGUGAUUGACAGGGUAAUGAGCUGA